UUCCACAAAAGAAAAAAAAAUAAGUUUACAUCAAUACAAAAAAAUUAUUAUUUGAGUUUUCAAAGAGUGUAGACAUAAUUAAUAGUUAUUAUUUAUUGUACUAUAUUUUUUCCUUCUUCUUGGAAAAAUGAUUUUGAAACUGUUGAUUUUAUUAUUCAGCACUGGAAUAUUAGUACAAUCUGUAACAUCUAAAAAUAUUCGUAAAUCAUAUAAUGAAGUCAAUCAUAUGUUUUACGGAUGGUAUUUAAGAAUUAAUACCGAACAGUGGGGGGCUCUAUGUUUUGGUACAUUUGUCGCACCACGAAUAUAUAUCACUGAUCCUAUAUGUCUCCGAAGAGGUAACAUUGAUGAGGAUAAUAAUACUGAAGCUUAUAUUGUCAAAAUAGUCAACCGUACUGAAGCUAGUAAGCAUAUAACUUUCAACACCAGUAACAUAUACUACGGUGAAGACUUAGACAACAUUUUCGAUAAGAAUGGACGUAAAAUAGCAGUAGUUAGAACUAAUGAAGCAGUUGAACCCGAACAAGAUAAAAAUGGAUACGUAAAAAUAAAUCCAAAUCUUGAUGAUAUUGAUGUAAAGAGGUGUUUCAUACCAGCUUAUAACGAUUGGAUGGUAAAAUUUUCUUAUUGUGAUGAUGUGCAAUUCGAUAAUCGUGAUGGAAAUCCUGCUAAUGUUUAUUGUCUUAGCGCUGAGCCUCUUGGAUUUAACGGUAGUGGUCUGUUUUGUUUCUUGAAAUCAAAACCCAAUAUCAAAGUUUUAGUUGGAAUUGUAGCAGGAUUCAACGAUAAGCUUGUAUAUAGGCAAGGUGAAUUACUUUUCAAUACAACUGUUGAAAAUAUUAGCGGAUUAAGUUUACCGCACUUAUAGAAAGAUUUUUCGGAUGUGAAAAAUUCAGUUCAAUAAAUCCAAAUAGUUUAAAAAU